GAUGCCCCAGGCAAUAAUGGCACAUAGCACUCGCACCGUGGCACUUGCCACCUUUACCUCUCCUCCUACACGACACAACUACAUUGGAUCCCACCGCCCCGGAAAGCCCAUCCAUUCCAACGGUUCGUCCAGCCAGCACCCGAGACGCAGGGUUGCAACACGGCAUUUACUCCAGCCGCCAUGAACCGACAGCGCUUUGCGAAACGCGUGCGAGAGGACGCCCAGACCUGGAGAGACCGCGUCAUUGGGAAGAGGAUUACAACAGGAGAUCCUCAUAUCGCUGCGUACCCCGCCUGGAAAUGCACCGACCCACUGGUCUGGGAGCCACGGAUUUAUCUCUGCCAACCCAUCGGAAAAGGACUUGAUAAGGAUUUGCGGUACGAAGCCCAACCCGAUUCUCGUCUGCUACAAAUGCCCGCCGAGAUACGCAACCGCAUCCUCGAGCUUGCCUUGGCGUCGCAAACGAUUCCGUCGUUGCCGGCCCUCGAUCCUAUCCCGCGGAUGGACCCCCUGUGGACGUGCACGUCGGCUGUUAUCUUCACGUGCAAGCAGCUGUACGAUGAGGGUAGGGCUUUGGCAGUAGCAGAGAAUACCUUUAAGUAUGAGGAGUUUCCGAAGAAGACGCGGUUCUGCGCUACGUCAAGAGAAGAAUAUAAUUACAUUUGGGAUCUGCUGAACAUCGUCUGUGACAUGAAAACUAAUGUAAUCAAGCAGGCAUAUUAUGGAUGACAUUUCAAACUGGGAGCUUAGUCGGGGGCCCAAUAUACGUGUUUUACAUGCAAGCACCAGCA